GAAUGCAAUUGGUGCGAUCGAUGGGACACAUAUACCGGUAGUCGUGCGAAAGAGUAAGCAACCAAGAUAUCGUUGCCGAAAAGGAUUUACAUCUCAAAAUAUGAUGGCGGCAUGUUCCUUUGACCACCAAUUCCUUUUUGUGUGCACUAGAUGGGAGGGUUCUGCAGCAGACAUGAGAGUGCUGCGAUGGUGUUGCGAGAGCGGAGGUUUUACGGUCCCGGAAGGGAAAUUCUAUUUAGUUGAUUCAGGAUAUGCAAACACUGAUCGUUUCCUCGCCCCUUAUAGAGGGGAACGAUAUCAUUUAAGCCAAUUCGCUGUUAAUGCACAUGCCCGAAGGCAUCGAGGACCAAAAGAUUUAUAUAAUCAUCGACAUGCUCAAUUGAGAAACGUAAUUGAGAAAGCAUUUGGAAUUCUCAAACGACGCUUCAAGGUGCUCCGACAAGCAACACCUUUUCCCUACAAAGUGCAAUGUCGUAUCGCCAUCGCAUGUUGUGUGAUACAUAAUUUCAUCAAGAGACACCAAGGAACCGAUAGGUAAUUCAACUUACAGAUGAACCCAUUAUCCACUGAUGACCAAGACGAUGAUCCCGUGCAUUUAGUUGGCCCAGAUGAGUCUCACCGAGGCGACAUCCUUCGUACUAGGAUUACGGAGCAACUAUGGAAUAAUAGAUAAGAGACGAUAUUCGGGAUGAUGUGAUAAUUUGUUUCAUUUCUGUAACUUUGCAAAUUUACAUAUGCUUUCGAAGUUAGUGUACUAAGUAUGAUUGUUAACACUUGACUCUCUACUUUGGUUUCUUUGCUUCACCAGAUCUGUUUUUUAACUUUUUCCUAGCUAGCAAUUAUAAAUAUGUUGUUUCUUCAAUUCUCUGUUAUUUUUUUUUUCCAAACUUGUAACUCUGUAUAGAUGUACUUUGGCUUGAUGGUAAUUGCAUCUAAUUGCAAAAUGAUGCAUCGUACAGUGAUGGAAA